AUGAGCACGGCCAACAUCCACGCUGGCUCUGCCUUUCUGGCCACCGGGGGCGUCUGCAUGCUUGGGGACCUGGGCCACUAUAGGAAGAACAAGAUGGAUGCCCUUCAGUCAGGUGCUGAGCCCUGCUUACCUUGUAGCCUGGGGGCCAGUCUGAUUCAGCUCUAGCUAAUGCGUUGUCUUGUCAAAGCAAUGCAGCAAUGAAGAAACAUUAUGGCACCUCCUGUGAUACACAACGUGUAGAGUAGGUUAUUUGAGUGUAUGACUCUAGGGAUUGGUCUCGGCAUUGGGCCUCUGUCUUCAGUCCACCCCAACACAGUUAGUUCACCUUUGACCGCUCUCUUUCCCCACCUUCUUCUAGCUCUGGAGAGUCGGACAGUGUCUGUGAUCAUCCCAGGGUAGACGUAUGGAGAAGAUGCUGACCAACAGAUCUCCUUUCCCAUCCAGUGCAGCUUCUGCGCCCUGGCAGAGUCCACAGCCCCCUCAAAGAAGACCAUCAGGACUGACAAUGUAGUGCUGGGAACAGCGGUGGGUCAUUGUUGGCUUUCACUGUGUUGUUCAAUUUACAUUAUGAUUCAAAAGUAUUGGACUACAGCACUUGAUAAAUCUGAGUGUAGUCUCAUGUGGUGAUUCUGCAACAAUGCAAUUCCAUGUGAGCAAUUUGAAGCCUUUUAUCAUAUCACACAAUGCCAAUAGAACUCAGCACUGGCAAAGACAAUGUAUUCCGGAUUGCAGAAAUAUCAAAUCUCUCAGAGCCAACUGUGUAUUUAGGCGUGUGCUUUAUGUAGGCAAAACAGGAACGGAAGACUAUUUACUCUCUCCAGAGGAAGCAGUUAAUUGCUCCCAUUCAGAGAACAGGAUACCGCCCAAACAAACCCAGCCCAAGAAUAGACAAUGCCUUCAGCGCCAAUUUAGGAUGGACAAGAAACGGUAAUACUGUAGUGGUAAAUAUAGUACUGGUGAAUACAGUACUUCCAUGUUAAGGUAGUAGGUCAAAGUAUUUUUACACAAGGGGGAGGCUGCCCAGUCCUGGUCCAGGAAGGCUACUAUUCUCCUCUGAAGCUACCAGCCACAUGAAAACACGUUGACCAUUGUGUAGGACAUGCGCCCGGUCCCUGCCCAGCUGGCUGAGGCCUUUGGCCUGGUGAUCCAGUGUCGGGAGACGGGGGAGAGCACGCCCUGCUCGCCCAGACGGUGCACACCCUCAGGCAGGCAGUGCAGCCCAGAGAGCCCCUCUACCCAUCCUGCAUGCAGUUCACCACACAGGACUACCAGGAGGUAAACCAUACAAUACUGUACAUACUACAGUAUAUGAUGGUAAUUGACACCAUCUCCUGUAGCAUAUGAUGCAUGCAAAAUACAUAUGCACACCAUUACAGUAAAUGCCCCCAAAGUGCUCUGUGACAGACAACAUUUGGACUCAUCUUUGGUAGUGCUCGGUUGUUUACACUGGGGGGACAUGGUGCUCUCCUUCCCAUAGAUCCAGACAGAUCUGAGCCCUGGAGCAGAGAAAAUGAUUGAAGUGUACUAAUGUGGUAGCAGUCGUUCAAUCUUCUCGGUGUAACAGUUGGGAUAAUGGGACAAUACGGAGUACAACACAUUUCUCAUCCCUGGAUUGAGGUACGUUUUCUGAGCCAUAUGUUGGGCCGGGCUCCGCGGUGUCUUAAUCUACACAGCGCCUGCGAUUUAGCAGUGUUCUCUGUAAUCCCAUAUUUGUCCACAGGGUGGCACACCAUCCUUCAUUUAUUGAGCCUGUAAUUGUGUACCUGACUCCAAAGACUAUUAUUCAUAGUUUGGGAAAUCUUUUCAUUGUCAGAUUGUGUGAAAAGUAACAGUAAAAAUGAACCCCAUUUCAUCGAGGGCACGAUAUAAAGAAGGCAAAUCAUUAUGAUCUGAAAGCCUGUUCCCACACUGUAUUUGCAAUGUAUUAUUCUGUUUAUCUUGUGGUUAUUGUGCAUUGACAGUUAAUGAUUCCUCACAGAAAAUUCUGCUUUUCCUCUUCAAAUUGUGAUAUCUUUGGGCAACAGAAUCACAAUCAAUAUAUUUAACUUCCACAUAAUGUCCCUUUUAAGAUAAAGUAUUAUUUUACUUAAAUUGGUGUUUGUCUCCCAGGAUCUCCCUUGCUGAGGCCCACAGUAAGCUGUGGCUGAGGAGCAAGUUACUGGAAGAUGCAGUGAGCGCCAUGUGA